AUGAUGUUCAGAGGCUGUUCCAGGAUCGGUGUACGUGGCAGCAGCUUGAUGCUGUUUGGUGCCAGAUACAACAGUAGCGCGGCCACCACCCCAUCCACUAAAUCAUUUCUUUCACCAGAACAAUUCAUGGAAAAGACCAAGCAACAACAGCUUGAAGAAGAACAAUAUAAGCAAGAGCUCUUGAGUCCUAACUUUGAAUAUUCUCCUCAACUUGUUUCCAAGGACCAAGUCGAUCCUAUUUCCAAGAGACCUGUGCCCAUCAACGUCGAACUUCUCCAAUACAAACCAAUCAAGCUUGCCAAAACCCAUGGUCAUAAGGUAGCCCUGAUCACCAUUCAUGGGUAUGAGCGUGAAGAACUUGACCGUGCAGCAGAGUUUGCCGCUAGAGCCGCCUUCUACUUGGGGAUUCCAUGUGGUUCUCCAACCAACUUGAGAGUUAAGGAAAAGCUCUUUACUGUCAUUAGAUCGCCUUUCGCUCAAGCCAAGUCGAAGGAAAAUUUCAAGAAAUACACCUAUGGACGUAAAAUCGUUGCAUAUGAUGCCACUUCCGAAGUGGUGGACGUGUGGUUGUCCUUCAUCAACAAGCACAAGCUUGAAGGUUUACAAUACAAGUCAUUCAUGUACUCUCGUGAACCUUUGGACUUUGCCAAGCAACUUGAAGGUUUGACUGCUGAAGACAUGCAAAUGCCAGCUGCCUUUGAAGGUGUCGAUGAUCCAGUAUCUCAAAAGGUUCAAGAAUUAUUGAAAUCCGAUACUUUCAAGAAAUACUUCGAUGAAAAAUAA